AUGGCGGACGAAAUCGAUGAUUGUAAUCUAGAUGAACCUAAAUUUAAACGCCCCAGAAUUAAUUCAGAAUCACUGAAAACGGGGGAAACUAGAGAUGCUGGCCAGUCAGAUAAAGGUGAAGUUGAAAAACAAGGAAACUGCGAUCAAAGAAACGAGACCGAUGGAAAACUUCGAAGUGAAAUUGUUACUGGCGUAGAGCACGUGCUUCAUGAAAACCCAGAAGAGACUGACGAAAUGAAGGCAAAUAUAGGGCAAGGGAAAGAUUCAUCGAUUGAGGAAGCAUCUGAAGAUGACCCUGAUAUCUUAAGAAAGACUUCUGUUUCGGAAAAGGACGUAGGAAUUUUAGAAUUCGUGUCCAACUUACCCGGAUUUCACGGAGUCCUGAAACAGAGAUACACGGAUUUCAUCGUCAGAGAGAGGGACCUUCUGGGAAAUCUUGUGCGACUAUCAGAUACAUCUUUACCUCGGAAAGAAAAGAACAAAGACUUUGGGCUUGAUGUUUUAAGUGAAGAAGAGAAAGAGAAAAUUCAGCAAGUUAUUGAUGAUAAGGAGAAGAAAACCCUUGCGACUUUAUCUCCUGAUGACGACAAAGACCAUAGAAGAUUGGUUCACAGAACCAUUAGAGAAAACUUUGCUUUUUUAGGUUAGGUGAUUGAUUGUUGUAGCUGGGAAAUAUAAAUCAUUCUGAUCAUGUGUCAUUUCAAUCAGAAAUGUUAAUGGGUGUAGGGGCAUAACCAGGAUUUUUCCUGAAGGUGACACUUUGUCAAACAGAGGGCACUCACCAGAUUUUAAUUUCGUCUUCCAUGUGGUGUUUUAGGUAAUGUGACAAGAGGCUUAUGAAUGGGGAUCAUUCAUAAGCCUUAGGUGGGUGACUUAUGGUGGGAGGUUUAGUGGAUUUUUGUCAGCCAACCCUAGAAUGAACUGUCAGUAUUAUUCAAUGCAACCUUCAAAAUCAAAACUCACUGCUCUUAAUUACUUUUAGAUAGCGACACAGUUGAUGUGGGAAACCAAAAGGCGGUCAGAGUAUUUCAUAAGCGUGAUUCUAGUGGCAGGCAAAGAAACAGCCGAUGGCCAUCAGAAAUUGAGAAUUAUUGCUGGUUUGUUCUUUACAAAGAAAACAAAGACACCAUGGAUGCAAUCAAUUUGUUGAGCAAACUUCUCAGAAUCAAGGCAGGAAUUUUUGGUUACGCUGGAACCAAAGAUCGUAGGGCAGUUACCACCCAGCAGGUGUCUGUGUACAGAGUCAGGGCUGAACAGUUGCAGGAAUUAAACUCAAGUCUUCGCAACUUGUGUCUUGGCAACUUCCAGUAUUGCAAAGAGCCUCUUAAACUUGGCUCUUUAUCAGGGAAUCAUUUUAUUAUCACUCUCAGGAAUGUUGUUGGGGAUCACAGAGAGAUAGAAGAAAGUCUAAAAUCACUUAAAAUCAAUGGUUUUAUAAAUUACUUUGGAUUGCAAAGAUUUGGAACAACCUCAGUCCCAACACAUAAAAUAGGUAUGUAUACAACAUGCCAUUUAUUUAAAGUUUUAUUUUGUUUUCCACAUUGGUUAAAUGCAUACAUGACAUGGGAGAACCUUUUUUUGUGGUGGUGCAGUUAGUCACUCUACCCCACUCUACCUGUAUGGAGCAAUUUUUGAAUUGAGAGGGUAUUUUAUUGGUUUGGACAACUUUGUUCUGUGAUUGGUUGAAACAUCUUGUGCCAUUCUCACAACCCAUCAGGUGCAAAACCAAACUAAUCACUUCUUUGUUACUUGUGUUUUCAUUUUCCUGCAUCUCAGUAGUGUGCCUGAUUUUGAUUUGAGUUGUUAAUGGCUUCUGAUGAUGCUAACCUUUGUUAAUAUUGGCAAUUGGCAAUUUGUAUUGGUUUUUCAACACAGUUGAAAACUGCUCCGCCAUGGAAGGCAAAAAGUAACUUGUCCAACAUUCAUGCAAUCCAAAUGUUUGAUCAGUUCUUCAGUAUGCUUAUUUUGACUGUCUAAUUGUCACAGGCUGUGCAUUGCUUCUCAGUAACUGGUCUGAGGCUGUUGAUCUUCUUCUUAAUCCACGUUCUGGUGAGUCCGAUGACCUCACAGCUGCUCGACAACACUGGAAAGACACCCAUGAUGCUAAGGAGACUCUGAAAAAACUUCCCAAAAGAAAGGGUAUUGAGAGUGAUCUUUUACUUGGCCUUGUGAGGCAUGGACCUUCAGGUUUGGUGAAAGCCUUGCAGUCUAUCUCCAGGAACACUAGACUCAUGUAUGUCCAUGCAUAUCAAAGCUAUGUAUGGAACUACGUAGCAUCAAAGCACAUUAAGGUAUUCAUAUUCGUUAUUAACACUGUAUGCAUCUUUCGCAAUUCUUCAUUCAAACUCAAUCUCAUAGUCACUACCCCAUUACCGGGUAAUUAUUCCGAAUUGGGGAAAUAUUACGAGGAAACAUGGACAACUUGAAACAUUACUGAGAGUCCUACCCCACUUUUUUCCACGUACAGGAGCUGGAUGUGAUUUCCAUGAACUGUGUCCACUACGAAUCUGAUAAUCAGUUUUAAUCUGGUGAUUAGCUCCUUACCUCCAACCUCUCUGUCGAUAGCCGAAAAUGAAUGUCAAACCAUUUGUCGUUUUCCUUACUAAGUCAAGUUUGUUGCUGGUUCUCUUUCCUGCGAGAUUCUUUUUCCCUAGCGAGGUUUGAGAGCUAUGCUUGAUAUGUGGGCAAAAAGAAUUCUUUUUUACGUGUAUACGCGAUUAGAUGUGUCUUGUUUUGAUUGAAUUUUCAGGAACACGGAAUGAAGCCAAUCAUUGGCGACCUGGUUGUGGCUUCAAAAUCAGCGGCACCAUGUUCUUUAGACACAGGUGAAUUGUGAAUGCCACCAUAAACCAUUCAUGCACAUUGUCUUUUUUCUGUAAGCAAUUCCCUGCGCAUCAAACUUACCUCUUCGCUAACGUGCUCGUCAUGUAGGUGUUACUCAGUAGCGUUCAAGCAACUCAGGGACUGAAAUGAAAUCUCAAACUUCCAAUCAACUUUGGCGUAAAAAAGAGGUGUUUUUGCUCAUAGUAUUCGAAUGAAAAUAAAUGCCGUUAGAAGUCACAUACGUAUGCUCUAUAUGAGUAUUAAGUAUGCACGUCGUGUAAUACGCAUAUAUGCAUACGCAUAUGUUCACAAUCAUAUACGUAUCACGUGUAUGCUCUACGCUGAUAAUACGUUGUUUGUCUCGCGUACGUACGUGUGUGCUCAUACGUACGUGAAUGCGCGUUCGCACUCAAUUACAGACGUGCGUCGAUGUGUCAGACGUUGCGUCGAUGCUUCCUCACGUAGUUGCGUCAGUUCGUCAGUCUGCAAGGGCGUCAGUGUGCAGGUGCGCAGGUAAGGAGGUUUGGACGCGAGGACGUAGGUUAGUUAGCUUGACUUUUUUCCUUUAACAUUAAAGGCACUUCAGGGCCGCAAGACACCGUUGAAUUUAUUUCCGAGCCAAGCAGGACAUCGGUUACCGUUCUUACCAGGGAUUUGCUGGAAACAGGUCAGUUCACAAUCCAUGACGUUGUUCUUCCACUUCCUGGAUACGACGUUGUUUACCCUGACAACAGCUUGAAAGAUGAGUACAGAAAAAUAAUGGCUAACGAUGGAAUGGACAUUGACAACAUGAGGCAUAAAGUGAAGGAUUACGCUCUGUCAGGCGCUUAUCGGUGAGUGUCUUUCAAAAGAUUUUUUUCUCCUCUGCGUUACCUUAUUUAUUUUUUAAAGGUUUUCUGGAGAGUUUAUCGGUCGAUCGGGCCUGUAUUUCAAAGUCUGCAGUGUCAUGAAUCGCUCUUAAAACAUUUAAAUGGAAAACAGUUUGUAACGCUGAUGUUUUCUUCCGCUCAGUCGUUAGAGCGUUAGUUUUUGUUACCCAGACCUUGAAAUUAACGCGUUUGAGCUGUGACUGAGGGAUUAUGUAACAUUUUAUUUUACAUUUCAUAAUUUUUUUACAAUUUUUGACAGCGCACGCAUCAAACUACGUAGUUUUGUUGUUCGGUUACCUGCAGUAAGUUUACAGUUAGUCUAAUUUUCAAGUUGUGAACUUCAAGCAUAAAAAGUACUUUCGCAUCAGCCAUUUCAAUUUUAAUUAUUUGUGCCGUACAGGAAAUUACUUGUCAAGCCGAGCCUAAUGAGCUGGCGCUGGUUGCGUUACAAUGACGUCAAACAACCGUUGGUUGUAACCGACAAGGAGGCUCUUUCUGGUGCCCAGGAGCCUGAGUCAGUUCCAGACGGAAAGUACUGGGCGCUGCAAUUGGAAUUUACACUACCUACCUCAACUUACGCUACAAUGGCCUUGCGUGAAGUUCUGAGGAGUGAUACGUCAUCUGCUUAUCAGUCUACUCUUAACCAGGAAUGAGGCUCGAAUGCACAGAUUUAAAAAGCUUUAAACUUCAGAGACACAAAGGGGCCAUUGCUACGUGAGUACCAACCACAGAUUUGGUCCGGCUUGUGUUAGCUCUGAAAAUGUGAUUAACUUUUGUAUCAUUUCUUCGUCAUUUCUUCGUCUUACCUAUGAUCAUAAGGUGAAUAUUUCUGUAAGACGGCCUUGUAGAAGGAAAAGACGGUUUAGAUUUUCCGUCCUAUAGACUGCGGAA